UUUAUUCCUAUUGUAAUUGCUAUUUGAUGAUUGCAAUAUGGACUAACCCCCAUAGCAAGCAGCAAGCUGUGAAGGAAAGAGCUAACAGGUUGUAUAGGCCCUUUCAGUAUAAGGAGCUAUUGGACAGAGAUUGGAAGAAUAACCGACGCAAUGCAAGGGGUUUUCAAUGAUGUUGCUCAGACUCUCCUGCUGAGGAAGAUUAGAAGUUUGGUCCCUAUCGACUUCUGGAAGGAAGUAAAAGACCUUUUCCAAUUGGCCGGGCCAGUGAUUUUGUCACAGCUCAUGGUCUUUCUCAUCGGCAUUGUCAGCUCCAUAUUUUGUGGACACUUAGGGAAAGUUGAGCUGGACGCCGUUUGUCUUGCUACAGCAGUGAUAAACGUCUCAGGUAUCUCUGUAGGUGCUGGGCUCGCUUCUGCAUGUGACACCUUCAUAUCCCAGACGUACGGCAGUAAGAACCUGAAGCGAAUCGGAGUGAUUCUCCAACGAGGGAUCCUCAUUCUCCUGAUCGCCUGCUUUCCCUGCUGGGUUCUCUUCAUAAACACUGAACACAUCCUGUUGGCUUUGAAACAGUCUCCUGCAGUAGCCAGGUUAACCCAGCAGUAUGUAUGGAUUUUCAUCCCUGGCCUUCCUGCAACUUUUCUUUAUCAGUUAGAGAUCAAAUACCUUCAGAACCAGGGAAUUAUUUGGCCACAGAUUUUGACUGGUCUCAUUGCCAACAUCUUCAACGCUGUAGUAAAUUACUUCAUGCUGUACGUGCUAACACUGGGAGUACUGGGCUCAGCUGCUGCCAAUGUUGUCUCUCAGUACUGUCAAUUUAUCCUCCUACUUGUGUACAUUCGAUGGAAGAAGCUGUAUGUUGGAACAUGGACAGGAUGGUCUGUUGACUGCCUGCAGGAGUGGGGCAGCUUUGUACGACUGGCAAUUCCCAGCAUGCUCAUGCUGUGUAUCGAAUGGUGGACUUACGAGAUUGGAACCUUCCUAGCAGGACUAAUUAGUCAAGUUGAACUCGGAGCACAGUCUGUAAUUUAUCAAGUGCUGACAGCAGCUUACAUGAUCCCGCUGGGAUGUAGUGUAGCUGCAAGCGUCCGUGUGGGUAAUGCACUGGGUGCAAAGAAUCCAGAAAAAGCUAAAACGUCUGCUACAGUUGCCCUGUGUUUUGUUGGGUGCUGUUCCUUGCUGAUUGCAUUGACCGUGGGAGCUUCAAGAAGUGUGCUAGGUUACAUCUUCACCACUGAAAAAGAUAUCAUCCAGUUAGUUUCACGUGUUGACCCAGUCAUUGCUACUUUCCAUUGGUUCGAAGCCAUAGCUACUGUAAGUGGCGGAGUAUUAAGAGGAGUUGGGAAGCAAAAACUGGGAGCAAUUGGAAACCUGGUGGGUUUCUACUCCAUUGGGUUUCCCCUUGGCGUCACACUGAUGUUUGCUGCACAUCUUGGUAUCCUAGGUCUCUGGUCUGGACUGUUCAUUUGUGUGGUUGUGCAAACUGUUUUCUUUUUAAUUGUGAUUUCAAGAAUGAACUGGAACAAAGCAUCUGAUCAGGCGAUGGUUAAUGCAGGUGUGAAGAUAAACAUAGACACCCCUUGCACUACAUCUAAUCCGCAGACUGAGGAUCUUUCAACAGGUCAAUGUACACAGGACCGCACUAUCAUUGUGUUGACCAAUCUCAGCCAAGCAGAAAUUAGCACAGACACAGAACAACUAAGAGAAGAUAGCUCUGCACUAGAAAUUGGAGUUACCACAGUCGGAGAAAUCCUGUCCAUGAAACAACUGAUCAUUCGCCGUGGGCUAGCCUUCCUUUCAGGACCCGUGAUCCUGGCCAUUGGACUUGUGAUACAAUUCACUGUUUCAAAGCAAACAUAGAGCCUUGACGAAUUUAGAAGAGAAAAGCAGGGCUGAAGAUGACAUUCUGCAGCAUGAGGAAGAGCCAGUGGACAACAAGAUAGCACCGUUAACAUGGGACAUCAGUUGCUGCAGGGAAAUCCCAGUCUCCUGCCAACUAUUUAAGAAAACAUCCUUGGCAGCGUACAAGUAUCUGACAGACCGUUGACAAUUCAGUUGCAACCUAAGCACCCCUCCUCCCAAACUCUGAAUGAACCAAGAGUAAGUGGUUUAUCAUGUCCAGAACUCCUAAACCACAAUGGUUUCCAAGCAACCAUUAAAUUGAACAUCAUCGGCAGUAACUAUUGACAGAUGACAGUCUGAGAAAAGCAGAGGAACGCAAAUUUGGUUGUUCUUGAUUUCUCUUUAAAUAUAUUUCAAAGCUUUGAACCCAGCAUUUGUUUCAGGGUGCCAUGUCCACUUUGUAGAUAUCUAACAGCAGAUCCAAAGAAAUGCAGUUGUGCGAUCUAACACGAUUGAUGCACUUCAUCGAUAUUAACAAGUUUCCUACGCCCUUGCUCACUGUUAGGUCAAGUGAUGCACUCCACCAUGUAACACACUUCGUAUUACUCUGUUGCGUACAUGGAGCUGGCCUCUUUGGUCCACACAGUCCAAAUCCUGUAGAUGCUGAGAUCAACUAUCUUGCAGUUGAUUAGCGAUUUUGGCAGAUUGCCAGGUGUGUGAAUGGCACAAAGUAACUCUGUAGGAGGAUCUGGAACUUCCAACUCUCUUGAGUUAGAAGCAAUGCACAGAUGGGCUCGCACCAAGAAAUUACUUUACAGUACUUAGGAAGCCUUUACAGCACAAAUGUAGCAGUCUGAAGAAGAUAAAGGUUGUUCUUCUAAAUAUUGGACGAAUGGGUCAGAAUAUUACUGAGGAAAUGUGCUUACCUUAGCAUUAGUAUUGCCUUAUCGCUGAGAAUGAUGCUGUUUGUGUAUUUUAGGGCAUUCCCUGCCAGGAAUCAUUGUGUAAAGCCUGUAGUAAAUUAAUUCAACAAUUAAUUAAAAUAACUCCCUGUGCGAAUGCGGUUCACAUUCGUGCUUCUCAGGGAUUUACACAUACGCUACAAUUAUUGAGUGCAGACUGGAAUUUUCUUUUGUAAUAAUUCUUGCUUCAAACCAUUGGAUUAUAGCUGCUGCCAAAGUACCAAUGUAUUGCAGUGCUUUAUGGUUCAUUUCUACAAAAAUCAUGUAUUAUUACAAAAAAAAGUUUGAGUGAAUGUUACUGACCAUAUUGCAAUAAGAGAACAAAUAAAGCCAAGUCUUUGCUGAUCAAA